GCCUGGGCGCCGGGUGGCUGCGGGUCCGACGUCCCGGGGGAGCCCGAGCUGGCCAGCGACGAGCCCCGGGCCGCGCUGGGGGGGCCGGCCGGUGGGCAGGACAGCAGAGCCCGCAGCCGCUGCAGCCGCCGCCGCCCGCCCCCUCCGCCGGGACGGCCGGCGCCGCGUGAGCGCAACUUUCUCCGCCGCCCCCGGCGGGUCCCGCGGGGGAGCGCUGCGCCGGGAGGAGGGGGCGGCCGGCCGGCCGGCGGGUCCCCCGGCCGUCGGCCCGGCCCGGCGCAGCGCCGCCUCGCCGCCGGGCGCGGGGCUGGCGGGGCUCCCUAUGCCCUGAGAUGGCCGCGGAGCUGGCCAUGAGCGCGGCGGACUUGCCCACCAGCCCGCUGGCCAUCGAGUACGUGAACGACUUCGACCUGAUGAAGUUCGAGGUGAAGAAGGAGCCGGCCGAGGCGGAGCGCUUCUGCCACCGCUUGCCGCCGCCGGGCUCGCUCUCCUCCACGCCGCUCAGCACGCCCUGCUCCUCCGUGCCCUCCUCGCCCAGCUUCUGCGCGCCCAGCCCCGGCGGGCAGCCCGCGCCCGGCCUCGGCCACCCGGGCGGCGGCGGCGGCGGGCCCGGCAACCCCGCGGCGGGCGGCGCGGCGGGCAAGGCGCAGCUGGAGGACCUGUACUGGAUGUCGAGCUACCAGCACCACCUCAACCCGGAGGCGCUCAACCUGACGCCCGAGGACGCGGUGGAGGCCCUGAUCGGCGCCCCGCACCACGCCGCCGCCGCCGCCGGGCACCACCACCACCACCACCACGCGCACCACGGCGGGGCGGGCGGCGGCGGGCCCCCGGGCGGCGGCGGCGGCUACGAGGGCUUCCGCGGGCAGGCCUUUCCGGGCGAGGAGCUGGCCCCGGGCUCGGCCGGCCACCACGCGCACCCGCCGCUGGGCCACCACCACCACCACGCGCACGGGCACGGCCCCGGCGGGCACCACCACCACGCGCACCACCACCACCACCACCUGCACGUGCGCCUGGAGGAGCGCUUCUCGGACGAGCAGCUGGUCUCCAUGUCGGUGCGGGAGCUCAACCGGCAGCUGCGCGGCUUCAGCAAGGAGGAGGUGAUCCGCCUGAAGCAGAAGCGGCGCACGCUGAAGAACCGCGGCUACGCCCAGUCCUGCCGCUACAAGCGCGUCCAGCAGCGGCACAUCCUGGAGAACGAGAAGUGCCAGCUGCAGGGCCAGGUGGAGCAGCUCAAGCUGGAGGUCUCCCGCCUGGCCAAGGAGCGCGACCUCUACAAGGAGAAGUACGAGAAGCUGGCCGGGCGCGCCUUCGCCGCCGCCGCCGGCCCCCGCGAGCCGCCGCCGCCGCCGCCGGCCCCCGCCAAGCCCGCGGACUUCUUCCUGUGA